AGCAUCCGGCAUCCAACACAGGCUACAGCUCUUGCCUGUAACCUUUCUCCUUCUCCUCUUCUAAUCUACCUCCAGCCCAGCAAUGUUUUGCCAGCAACGCCAUGGCUCGUAAUAACCAUCAGGGCCAAGAUCCCCUCAGAGAUCCCUGGGCGGGGCCACACCCAGACCAUCAUCUCACGCACAAAGUCUCCGGCCUGUCUGACACUGGCGAUCGUGAUUUCGACCCAGUGCUGCGAGGGCGGGAAUCCAUGGUAUCGAUAGAUUCCGAAUAUGACCAGCGUAUGUCUGUGGUGUCUUCCCCAAACGCAUACGGUUCUCAGACCUACUCGCCAGCCUCCCCAUGGUCUGGCUCUUUUUCGUACUCCGGCGCCGGUGGGGGAUAUGCUCCCGUGCCUGGACAACCCAGCCAGCCUACGAGAACUUUGUCCAAGGGUCGUAAGCCGAGCUAUUCUGCAGUACACCAAACGGUACCCGAGAGCAUAAGGGAAGAAGAGCCAUAUGAUCUGCCACUGCUCGCGUCGGCAGCCGCCAUGGGCAUAUCCAAACCAGCGUCGCGAGGAAGAUAUGCCGCCAUAAACGAAGAGGAUGAUGAUCAUGACGCUGUGCCGGCAUUUGAUUUCACAGCAACUCUGGGGCCGCUGGGCGCACACGAUGAUGAGUUCAUCAAGAAGUUACAAGAGGAGGAGUCAAGGGGGCACUUAACUGGAGGUAUAGGUCAGGGAUUCCGAGCCGGCUCUCAGGUACGCAGCGGCGAGCUUUUGUCGUCGCCCGUUUCUGCUCAGCCCGGCUUUGCUCGAUCAUUCUCAAUCCGAAACGCAAGCAAACGCCUGAAUCGCUCCGAGACGCUGCGUCACAUGGGCCAAGACGAGGCCAACCGUCGCGGCGAGGUCAUCGAAGUCAUCAUGGAAGAGCCGGUGGGCGCCGACCUGAGCAACAUUGAAGGACCCAACAUUUCUUCUGGUGGGCUGCGACAAACGACAUACUCAUCAUACUCGUCGGCAUCCAGUAUCGCGGAGAAGGGGAAGGAGAAGACGACUCAGACUUUCUACCCAGAGUGCAACUGGAAGCCAUUCUCCAUGCGAUGGCCCUAUCUACUGUCGUUGAUUCUCCUCUCGGUAGCGUUGGCCGUUAUGCAGGAGGUCCUCUUCCAAAUGCACAAAAAGGACCCUCUCGUCAAGUUUACAUCUCCGGACCAAGUAGAGCAGGGCCUCUACUUUGUCAUCAAAUUCGCGCCCACGCUGCUGGCCGUCAUAUACGGCGUUCUAUGGCAGUUUACCGACUUUGAAGUCCGGCGUCUGGAGGCCUUCUAUCAGCUAUCCAAAGAAGGCGGCGCUGUGGCCUCCGAGUCGCUCAACAUCGACUACGUGACCAGCGUCAACCUCUACCGGCCAUUCAAAGCCCUAUGGAAGGGCCACUAUGCCGUCGCAGUGUCAGCCAUCGCCACCCUUCUCGCCGUGUCGCUGGUGCCGACGUUUGCCGCCGCUGCAGUUGUGCUCACGCCGAACCGAGAUGCGCGCAUGGCCGAUCCAAACGGAUACAAGGAUCUCAACUUCAAUUCGGUAUGGUCACGGCUCCUGACAUCGACGCUGGCAGUAAUUGCCGUGCUGGGCUGUAUCCUCUUUUAUCUCCUCCAGACACGCAAAUCCGGCCUCAUGUCCGACGUCCGGGGAAUCGCUGGUCUCGCAUCUAUGGCGGUGGUGAGCCACAUUCUCAUGGACUUCAAGGACAUGGAUACGGCUUCCCCCCGCGACAUCCAUAACAAGCUCAAGUACAACCGCUAUACCCUGUUGAACUCGUCUCUUGCGCCUAGCGAAUUUAAUUCGUCAUAUCUGAAUGCAGUGACUUCUAAUGAGAAGCACAAGUAUGACGACUUUGACCUGCCCACAAACCCCCACCCGAUUCUGCUUCGUGGAGCGGGCAUCAUUCCCAUGAUUAUUGGAAUUCUUCUAUUCACCGGGUUCAUUCCCGUGUUCUUGUUUACACCCGCUGAAGUUGUGACGAACAAGGCACCAUUUGUCGUCACCAUCAUGGCCGUCAUCGUCAAAAUGGCCUGGGGCGGCAUGGAGACGGGCGUUCGGAUGAUGGAGCCGUAUUACAUCCUCUCCAAGAGGCACGCGCCCGCCAAGACGCUGCUGCUGGAUUACACGGCGCUGCCCUUUGGCUACAUGCCGUUGCGGGCGCUCUUGAAUGGCCAUUUUCUCGUGUUCUUUGUCGGAUUCGGCAGCAUCAUGGCUGAGUUCCUGACUAUCCUCGUGGCGGGUCUGGCUACCGUUGACGGGCACGAUUUCCUCCUGACCUGGAAUACCACAGACAAGGCUUGGGAGGUCAAUUCUGGCACGGAGACAGUCAAGUCCUUUUACGUAUCCGUCGGGCUGUCGCUCUUUAUCCUGCUCUACAUGGUGGUAGUUGCGCUCGUCGUCUUCUUCCGUCGGCGACACGCCUUCCUGCCACGGCAGCCCAACACCAUUGCCUCGGUGCUGGCGUAUAUCCACCAGAGCAAGAUGCUCUACGAUUUUGUAGGCACAGAGAAGUUCACCGCAUCGCAGGUGCGGCAGAAGCUGGGCGAAUACAAAGUGUACGGCCUGGGAUGGUUUGUGGGACGGGAUGGGCAGAAGCACUGCGGCGUGGAUCAGGAGGAGCUGAUUAGCAAUUAUAAGCACGGCAUCAGUUUGAAGGAGGGGACUCAGCCGUGGAACAUGCAGUGGGAUGUUUUAUAAGCCUUUUGUUUCUCUGGCUUUUUUUUUGUUUCUUUGAUUUUUGCUCGCCUACUUAAUUGCUGCGCUUGAUAUCAUUGUGGGCUUUGGUUGCUUGAUUUGGUUUAUACCUGUAUAUAGAAUUUUGAUGCAUUUACGCGGGAUAGCGACAGGGCAUUUUACAUGCCAAACACGACCAAAUUGAUCUUUUGCAUUUUUAUUUCAAAAUGAUGGGCUUGUAAGGGAGGGAUCGUCUAUUGCAUUGAAUUAUAAGUUAUAUUGCGACUAUUCCACUCCACCAUGCA